CUCUGCGCGUCACUCGAAAGCCUCCUCCCUGUGCUCAGAGAGAUGGGGAGUGGGGAGCCUAAUCCUGCUGGCAAGAAAAAGAAGUACCUCAAGGCUGCCCUGUAUGUGGGUGACUUGGACCCAGAUGUCACCGAGGACAUGUUAUAUAAAAAGUUCAGGCCUGCUGGCCCUCUUCGCUUCACCCGAAUCUGCCGUGACCCGGUGACCCGCAGCCCCCUGGGCUAUGGUUAUGUUAACUUCCGCUUUCCUGCGGAUGCUGAGUGGGCCUUGAACACCAUGAAUUUUGAUUUGAUUAACGGCAAACCUUUCCGCCUAAUGUGGUCUCAGCCGGAUGACCGCUUAAGAAAGUCUGGAGUUGGAAAUAUAUUCAUCAAAAACCUGGACAAAUCCAUAGACAAUAGGGCCCUUUUUUAUCUGUUUUCUGCUUUUGGGAGCAUUCUCUCCUGCAAGGUAGUAUGCGAUGACAACGGCUCUAAGGGUUAUGCCUAUGUGCACUUUGACAGCCUGGCCGCUGCCAAUAGGGCCAUCUGGCACAUGAAUGGAGUGCGGCUCAACAACCGCCAGGUGUACGUUGGCCGAUUCAAAUUUCCGGAAGAGCGGGCAGCUGAAGUUAGAACUAGGGAUAGAGCGACUUUCACCAAUGUUUUCGUUAAAAACUUUGGAGAUGACAUGGAUGACGACAAACUGAAGGAACUUUUCAGUGAAUACGGGCCAACUGAGAGUGUUAAGGUAAUAAGAGAUGCCAGUGGGAAAUCGAAAGGCUUUGGAUUUGUGAGAUACGAGACACACGAGGCUGCCCAAAAGGCUGUGUUAGACCUGCAUGGAAAGUCCAUCGAUGGGAAAGUCCUCUAUGUAGGGCGAGCACAGAAGAAAAUUGAACGCCUGGCCGAGUUAAGGCGAAGAUUUGAGCGGCUGAGAUUAAAAGAAAAAAGUCGGCCUCCAGGGGUGCCUAUCUAUAUUAAGAACCUAGACGAGACCAUCGAUGAUGAAAAACUGAAGGAGGAAUUUUCUUCCUUUGGAUCAAUUAGCCGGGCCAAAGUGAUGGUGGAAGUGGGGCAAGGCAAAGGGUUUGGUGUUGUCUGCUUCUCCUCUUUUGAAGAGGCUACCAAAGCAGUAGAUGAGAUGAAUGGUCGCAUAGUGGGCUCCAAGCCUCUGCAUGUCACGCUGGGCCAGGCCAGGCGCAGGUGGUGA